AUGGUUGUCUACUCAUUCCACAUCUUCGACCGACACACCGAGUGCGUCUACUCAAAGUCAUGGCUACCAUCGUCUGCAGGCUCCGAAGUCGCCGCACCCACGACAUCCUCCGACGACGCAAAACUCCUAUUCGGAACCGUCUUCUCCCUGCGCAAUAUGGUUCGCAAACUCGGUGGUGAUGACGACGCAUUCAUCAGCUAUCGGACCGCCCAGUACAAGCUUCACUUUUACGAGACACCUGCGAACCUGAGAUUCGUUAUCUUGACCGACACAGCAACGUUGAGCAUGCGCAAUGUACUACAUCAAAUAUACAUUAACCUAUGGGUUGAAUAUGUGGUCAAAAAUCCUUUGGCGCCAGUAGAGCACAAGAAGGGCGAAGGUGUCAAGAACGAGCUCUUUGAACUCGGCCUCGAUCAGUUCAUCAGGGGCUUAAUGUGA